CUUUGUUCCGAAAAAGAGUAGAAAACCAGUUACACCGCUUGUCUAGCUGUCUUAUGUGAAAGUGUUUUGGUACCCCCACUCGUGACUUCUCCCCUUGCAUAAAAACCAACCCACAAGCAAAGUCUUUUGGUCCAUCUUUACAUCUAUUUCUGUAUCACAAUUAGUGGUAGCCUUCCAUCAAUCUUUUCACCACCAUUCACCAUAUAUUGCUCAAUCCCUUAGUUUUGGAACUUUAAAAGAGCCAACUCUAAAGUCUAAAUGGCAGCUGGUGGUUUCCUACUUGCUUUGCUUGUGCUUUCUUGCUUAGCAGCCUCUUCCAAUGGUGUCACCUUCUCUUCCCUUCAGAGAACUCUUAUUGUCCGAGCUUCUCCUACACAAGGACAAGUUCUAAAGGCUGGGGAAGACAAAAUCACAGUGACUUGGUCAUACAACAACACCCUUGCACCUGGGACAGACUCAACUUACAAGACUAUUAAGGUAAAGCUGUGCUAUGCACCAAUCAGCCAGGUAGAUCGUGCAUGGAGGAAAACUGUGGAUGAUUUGGCUAAGGACAAGACUUGCCAAUUCAAGAUUGUUGCCAAGCCAUACAGUGCCUCUAACAGCACCAUCACUUGGACAAUAGAGAGGGAUACACCCACUGCUACAUAUUUCCUCAGAGCCUACGCAUUCAACUCUGCAGAGGAAGAGGUCGCUUUUGGCCAAACCACAGAUGCACACAAGACUACAAACUUGUUUCAGGUUGAGGCAAUUUCCGGGCGCCAUGCGUCGCUAGAUAUUGCUGCCAUCUGUUUCUCUUCUUUCUCUGUCUUGUCCCUCUUUGGAUUCUUUUUCAUUGAGAAGAGAAAAGGCAAAGCAUCCCGACAAAAAAUUAACUACCUUUUGAACUGCGUGAUGCCUAUGCAAUAGUUAAAGGAUCUUGGGUGAGUGGGGAACAUCAAAUUUCAAAGUGAGUGGGACAAGGAUCGGCAAAAGGAAAUGCUUGACAGGCAUAUGUCAUAUGUGUCAAUCUGUCAAUACAGUGUAAUUGCUAUAUGGGGAUCAACGAAGUUCGUCAGGUACUGAAACAGUCAAGAUUUGGCUAAUGGGGAGGAUUUGGUGAAU